AUGUUUGAUGAGAUUGUUGAUGCGAGCUUCACUGUCUUGUCCAGUACGCGCGAGACGGUUGAGCUCGUUCCAGGGGGGAAACAUUUGCAUGUCACGUGGGAUGAUCGAGAGGAUUACGCGCAUGCUGUCGAAAUGUAUCGAUUGGCAGAAUUUACACCGGUGUGUCGGGACAUUUUACGUGGCAUGGCGACAAUCUUGCCGGCAUCUACUCUUAGUAUUCUUUCGUGGCAUGAGUUGCGAACUCUGGUCUGUGGAAAGGCCUCAGUGGAUAUCGCUCUCUUACGCCGUCGCACUGUGUACGGUGACGGAUGCCACGCCACAGAUCCGCACAUUACCUACUUUUGGGACGUCCUGGCAAAAUUUAGUGAAGAACAGAAGUCAUCCUUUCUGCGCUUCGUCUGGGGCCGGUCGCGAUUGCCGACACAUGCAGCAGACUUCACACAAGAUUUCAAAAUUGCCGGCUUACCCAGGGCUGUAGGUCGUGCAGACAUGUACCUACCAAUCGCCCACACAUGUUUCUUUUCGAUUGAUCUACCUGCCUACUCGUGUAAAGAGGUCAUGCAUGACAAGCUGGUGUAUGCUAUCACGCACUGUCAAUCAAUUGAUGCGGAUAACACGACAGUAGCUCAACGAGCGGGUCAAGGGAUCAACUGGACGAAUGCUCCUGCAACAGUGACAGCUGCUGCCGCCACUGCAGUUUCGAGUGUUAUCGCUGGAAUAGAUAACCUCGAAAUACUCGCAGAAGGGUCACCAACAUCCAGUGGACAUCCUUGCUUGCUCACUCGUUUCAGCCAACAUCUUCGUUCUCCCAGACCAGGUUACAUGACGGAUCCAGGCGAAAACUCGUCAGAGGGGUAA